CUCCAAUUCCGGAAGUGUUUUCAGGACGCGAGGAGAUGAAGACGGAACGCGGUGGAUUGAGGCUGCCCCCGGGCCCUGGUGCCCGCCGGUCCCCGGGGCUCUCCGCCCGCCACCUGCUGACCCCGCGGCGCGGGCUCGGGGCUCUGCGCCUCCCGCCGGGCCGGCUGGAGAACCGGCUGCUGACCGCCGGGCCGCUGACACGACUGGCCCGGCCGACCCUCCGCUACAGCGGGUCCCUCAGCCCCCAGCUCCCCCUGGGCAUCGGCCCCGACGGCCUCACCAGCCCAGCCCUGGCACCGGAGCCACAGCAGCCUCCCGAACACCAGCGCACGGACACCGGCACACCGCAGGCCAGCGAAGACCCCGCUGAGGUGGCUCCGCCGCUGCCUGCCUACGACCUGUCGGGCAGGAACUACGAGGACCUGGAGCGGGCGCAAGUGGGCCUGGAUGCGGAGGGACUGUGCGACGUUCCCGACCCUUCCCAGGAUCGGGACGCCGCGCUGAGACGGAAGAAGGUGGAACUCCUGAAUGAAGUCUGCUGCUCGCUCAUCCAAGGGGCGAACUUCAGUGAGACGGACAAUCCGACCCGCAAAAGGCUGCAGACCCUGUGUCAGGAGAUCGCACAACGAGAUGCUGAAUUUAUCCUGAAGGCUGCCCUCUACACCCGGCAGGAGCUGAACAUCCGCACCACCGCCAACUUCCUGCUGGCACUGAGCGCCUGGAUCCCUUCCUCCCGGCCUCACCUGCGCCGCUAUUUCUGCCAGGCCGUCCGCCUGCCCUCAGACUGGAUCGAGGUGGCAUGGCUGUACCAGAGCCUGGCGUCGGACAGUGGGCACCUGGCCCCUUUCCCCUCCUGCCUGCGCCAGUCUCUCUCUGACCGGUUUAAGGGCUUCGAUGAGUACCAGUUAGCCAAGUACAACACCAGGAAGCAGCGCUGCAAGAGCCGCCAGCCGAGGUUGGGUAAAUCCAGUCCGACUCCCUCGGACACCGAUCCGAAAGCUGGCUUCUCCCUGAAGAAGUUGAUCCGUUGGCUGCACUUGAAGGACCCGUGCUAUCCCAUCAUGUGUCUGCUGGGCCGAAGGUACCCGUCUGACCUCCAGUCCUUCGCCCGGAGCCGUUUGCCGGGGCCCUGGGAUUCCCGCCGAUCCGGGAAGAGGAUGAAGCUGCAGUUGCCGGAGUCCUGGGAGCGGGAGCUCUCGCUGCACGGGAACCGCGCAGAAAUCUGGGAGCGUCUGAUCGACCGCCAGAAGCUCCCCUACAUGGCCAUGCUGCGGAACCUGAGGAACGUCAUCGCGGCUGGGGUCAGCAGCGGGCACCACGCGCAGCUCCUGAGGAGGCUGGCUGACCGGGAUGCGGUGAUCCGGAGUCGGCAAUUCCCCUUCCGCUUCUUGGCCGCCUACAAGGCCCUGGAGGGAUUGCAGCGGCGACUGGACGAGAAAGACGAGCCUCUCCCCACCAAGGCCGCCCUGGUCCAGCAGGCCCUGGAGACGUCGAUGCGCCCACCCAGGAAGCUCCGGGAGCUCCUGGGCCGUGCCCGGAAGGCGAGGGCAGGACGCCAGCCCGCCCCCCGCGUGGCCUACGCCUACAGGUGGGCAACGAAGAGAUUGGCGGACUUCCGGAAAAGCAGGUACCCGCUGGCCGGGGGGGAUAUCUGGGAAGGGAGGAGGCUCAUGGGAAGAAUCCAGCGGGUGGUGGGCGAGGCAUUGUGGGGGAGCUGGUGGAUCCUGAGGACCUCAUCGGACCCAGUGACGAACCUCAUCCCCACCCCCAGAGAUGGCCCAGCACACCAUGUCGUCCGCGGCUGUGCGAGGGCUCGCUCCGGCGUUCCCCGGCGGCUUCCGACACCCUCCUUCCCCGACGUCCGCUAUUUUGGUGCUCACGUCGCCCUCCCCCCCCCCCCCCCCCCCGCCCUCUCCCUCCCUGCCCUGCAGGAGACGGAUACGGACACAGAGGGCUCUGAGGGGACAGAGCAGGAAGCGGAUCUCCACCCGGACUGGGAGAAGCUGACGAUGGGAGACGCCUACUUUGACCUGGCGCCCUGGGGUCGGAGCAAGCAGGGGGCGUGCGACCCCUCGCUCUGGCUCACUGUGGUCAAGGAGUCCCGCGCGAGGAGGCCGGGAGGAGCUCGAUCGAUGCUCUGUGCUGAUUCCCAGGGAUCCCUAUGGUGCUCCCAGUGGGAUCCCACUGUCACCCUGCUGGAGGAACCACACGUGCAGGACCUCUCCAAAUGGACCCACAAACAGGUUCACACGGACAGAGUGACGGCGGUGACAGAGACCCCGGAGCUGAUCGUCACGGCGUCGUACGACCGGACGGUGCGGCUGUGGGACGGCGAGGCGUUGAAGCAGGUCGGCCUGUUCAGCUGCCGCGCCCCCAUCCUCUGCCUGGAGGCUAACCCAGCCGACCCGGACCUGGGGGCGUGCGGAGACGCUGGCGGCGACGUCUACUUCCUGCGGUGGAGCAGCCGCCCCUCCCCCGGCCGGGGAGAGGGAGACCUGCUGGCUCAGCACUGAUCCCCAUUCCCCUCGUGUCUCCCCCUCUCUACCCUCCCCUCCUUCCUUCAGUAAACAAAUGAAGCUCGGCUCGCGAAUUUAGAUAGCGCCUGUGGUGUGCGUUCACCUGUAGAACAAGAAUCUGUGAAUAAAGACCCCUCCCCCACCAA